AUGCAGGCGUUGCCCGUCGUUGCCAUCGCCGUCAUCUGCCCUGUCGGCCGGCCGCGGGAACUUGGCCCAAAGGACCACACGAGCAAUCAACGAAGGGUGCGAAGAGGGGAGGGGGGGUGCGAUGGUUGGGCAGAGGCCGAAGCGACGACGACACCACCAUGA